AUGGAUGCACACCACUCUCAGCACGACGGUGCACAACAACAACAACAUCAUCCGCAACAAGGCGAUGAACAGCAUCACAACCACCACCCCGAAGGCGACGAGUUCUCCGAGCACUUCAAGAGUCAGCUGAACAUUAGCAUCACCAAAGACCACUAUUCAAGCAGCCAUCAUGAUGAUAAUGCCUCCGAGUACUCGGUCUCGGAAUUCACUGAUGACGGCGCAAGUGACGACGAGUUCGGCUAUGAAGACGACGCUGAUGAUGAUGGUGCCGGUGGUGGUGCUGGUGGCGGUGAAGAUUGCUGGAACGACGAUGGGGAGUUUGGUGGGGACCCUUCCCAGGGGGAAGGUCAUGACCACGGCCACGGCCACGGCCACGGUCACGGCGACUACCCAGAAGAAGGAGGACAAGGACACGAGUAUCAACAUCAAGGCCAUGGCCAUGGUCAUGGCCAUCCAGGGCAACACCACGGACAUGGCGAUCAGGGCGAGCACGGCCAUCAGGACGGCUAUGGGAACGAGCAUGGCCACGGGGGCGAUGAUGAGCAAGGCUAUGGGUACGAGCACGACUAUGCUGAGCACGAGCACGAGCAAGGCUAUGGGCACGAACAGGACGAACAGGGCUACCAGGGGGACUAUUAA